AUGGUGACUUCCUAUAACUUUGUGACAUUUCCACUGGGCCUGGGAGAUGGACAGUUCUAUUCAUGGACAGAUGGUUUGAGAAGAAAGGACUGGCAUGACUAUGAAAGCAUUCAGAAAGAGGCUAUGCGCUCAGGGAAAGGUGAACAUGGAAAACCUUAUCCCCUCACUGAAGAGGAACAUGAUGACUCAGCAUACAGGGAAAAUGGUUUCAAUAUUUUUGUCAGCAAUAAUAUUGCUCUAGAGAGGUCUCUGCCAGAUAUUCGCCAUGCUAAUUGUAAGCACAAGAUGUACCUGGAAAGGCUGCCAAACACCAGCAUCAUUAUCCCGUUUCAUAAUGAAGGUUGGACAUCACUUCUGCGGACUAUUCACAGUAUCAUUAACCGGACUCCAGAAACUCUGAUAGCAGAAAUCAUUCUGGUAGAUGACUUUAGUGACAGAGAACACCUGAAGGGCAAGUUAGAAGAAUACAUGGCCCGAUUUUCCAAAGUGAGAAUUGUUCGCACCAAGAAGAGGGAAGGGCUUAUUCGAACCCGACUCUUGGGGGCCUCUAUGGCAAGAGGAGAGGUCCUGACUUUCCUGGACUCCCACUGCGAGGUCAAUGUGAACUGGUUGCCUCCACUCCUCAACCAAAUUGCACUAAAUCACAAAACCAUCGUGUGUCCCAUGAUCGAUGUCAUUGACCACAAUCACUUCGGGUAUGAGGCACAAGCCGGAGACGCGAUGCGAGGAGCCUUCGACUGGGAAAUGUAUUACAAACGAAUCCCCAUCCCUGUGGAGCUCCAACGAGCAGACCCCAGCGACCCUUUUGAGUCUCCUGUGAUGGCUGGAGGUCUCUUUGCUGUGGAUCGAAAAUGGUUUUGGGAGUUGGGUGGCUAUGAUCCAGGUUUAGAAAUCUGGGGAGGAGAGCAGUAUGAAAUCUCUUUCAAGGUGUGGAUGUGUGGUGGAGAAAUGUUUGAUGUUCCAUGUUCUAGAGUUGGCCAUAUCUACAGGAAGUAUGUCCCUUAUAAAGUUCCUUCUGGGACCAGUCUGGCAAGAAAUCUGAAGCGAGUGGCUGAGACGUGGAUGGACGAAUUUGCAGAGUAUAUCUACCAGCGGCGUCCCGAAUACAGGCACCUCUCCACUGGGGACAUCUCUGCGCAGAAGGAGCUGCGCAAACAACUCAAGUGCAAGGACUUCAAAUGGUUCAUGGCAGCUGUGGCCUGGGAUGUUCCUAAGUAUUACCCACCUGUGGAGCCCCCACCAGCAGCCUGGGGAGAGAUUCGCAAUGUGGCAGCCAACCUGUGUAUCGACAGCAAACAUGGGGCCACUGGGACGGAACUGAGGCUGGACAUCUGUGUCAAGGACGGCUCGGAAAGGACAUGGUCUCAUGAGCAGCUCUUCACAUUUGGAUGGAGAGAAGAUAUCCGGCCUGGUGAGCCACUGCACACUCGGAAGUUCUGCUUUGAUGCCAUCUCUCACAACAGCCCUGUCACUCUCUAUGACUGCCAUGGCAUGAAGGGUAACCAGUUCUGGGGAUACAGGAAGGACAGAACGUUAUUCCAUCCUGUGAGCAACAGCUGCAUGGAUUGCAACCCCGCAGAGAAGAGGAUUUUCAUGGCCAGAUGUGAUCCCCUCUCUGAGACUCAGCAGUGGAUUUUUGAACAUAUUAAUAUGACUGUUUUAGAACAUUUUAAUCACCAUGCCAGCACCUAGAAAGAAGGAAGCAAGAAAGAGUGAAUAUCUACAGAUUGCUGAAAACCACGUUGUAGCCAGCCUCUGGGUCCAAGGAGUCAGGAAUAACAUUUCCUAGAUCCAAGAAGCCUGGUCUAAAGAUUUGUAAUUGCCAUGUCCAAGUCGGUUGUCCUGAAGAACUUCCUGCAUCUGAAGCACUUGGCUCAGAACCUCACCAGCUGCUUCUGAGAACUUGACACUAGCAGUUCCCUUGCUGGCCAAGGGCAAAGAUUAUUUAGGGACUUUUCGAAACAACUGCUGAGUUAAUAAAUCCUAGCCUUUCUCAGGUCAAAUCCUGCAGUAGUGAGUAGCUAUGAAUGGAUCCUAUAUCGGGCGGGAGGGGGGUGGAAUGGAGCGCAUGUUGGCUCUGACUGCUGAGGAUUCGGCAGGUGUAGAACAAGCCACAUUGAAGGGGUGAGCUGCACACGUUGAUGCCACGCUCUAAGAAUGGGUUAAGCAGGUUUAACCCUUAAAAGUGCUGCAGAUGAUUUCAGAGUGCUCAUACUGUUCUGUUUUCUUGCUUAUUUUUUAAAUAGGGGUGCACUAGCUCAUGGAGCGAAUCACUGAAGGAAAUGGAUUUCUACGAACCCCGUCCUUUUAGUCACCUUUGUUGUUUUUCUUUGAGAGUUGUUCAUAAACUUCCUGUUCAUAAAACGUGGCCUCCACAAAUCAGCUGAAGUUCUAAUUCAGUGCCCCUUGUGUAAAUCCAGUUAAAAAAAAAAACACAGCAAAAUUAUGCUACCAAGUUAUUCCAAAGAGAAAGCUAUUCCACAAGCAACAAAACCGUGUAAGAUUUAGGAGAUGGCUUUCUAUUUUGGCAUUAUUAUUAUUAUUAUUAUUAUUAUUAUUUUAGAAUUUUAACAGUCUAAUGUUUGUUCAGUCAUAAUUUUUAUUAGGAAGGAAAUGGAGUGAAUUUGAUGCAAUUUAUUUAGGAGAUUCUUAAGCCCAAAUAAAUCACACUCCAAGUGAUACCUGAAAA